AUGGCGCCUCCGCCGCGGAGCCGGCUGCGCGUCUCCCCGGACUUCCUGCUUCCUCGCCCGGAGCUCACCGCCGGCCACGCCCGCUUUCGGUUUCCGCGGGAGGGGAAGGAGGAGGCGCCGCCCCUGCGGCCCGGCCCGGUGAAUGACGUGGACAUCUUUGAGAUCAACGAGGCCUUUGCCAGCCAGGCCCUGUACUGCGUGGAGAAGCUGGGCAUCCCCCCUGAGAAGGUGAACCCCUUGGGGGGCGCCGUGGCCCUGGGCCACCCUCUGGGCUGCACUGGUACGCGCCAGGUGGUCACGCUGCUGAAUGAGCUGAAGCGCCGUGGAAAGAGGGCCUACGGCGUGGUGUCCAUGUGCAUUGGGACCGGCAUGGGGGCCGCUGCUGUCUUUGAAUACCCUGGAAACUGAGGCCCUGCUGGUGUUCCUGAACUCCCUGUCCUCCGUGGACUACGGGACUGCAGACGUGAUCCCCGAGCCCGAGCCCUGCCUCGCCAGGCGGGGUGUGGGGACAUCGAGGCACUUUAUCUCGUUUGGAAAAUGUGAAGGCAGAUGGCGCAGUCUAUGAGGGGUCACACAUGGAGUGGUCCCCACCAGCCCUCUGUCUAUCUGGGCACAAGUCAGUGUGGGGCCCCUGUGCCUGGGUCCCGUGUGUAAUUGGGGGGACAGCAGGCUGCCAUGGGUGGUGGAAUAAACGUGCUAUAUCAUCUUGA